CCCCUGUACACCAUGGAAAGGGAUAUGCUCCUGUUUAUCCUGAUACGCCUCCACACUACGCCUUCGAGCACGCCGUCCACGACGACUACGCCGGCACCCACUUCGGCCACUCGGAGGCUCGCGACGGCUACAAGACGGAGGGCAAGUACUUCGUGCACCUCCCCGACGGCCGCGUCCAGACCGUCACUUACUACGCCGACGAGACUGGCUACCACCCCACCGUCUCCUACGAGGGGACGCCCCACUACGACGCCCACGCAGCCGCCCCUCACCACGCCCCUGCCAAGGCUUACCACGCCCCUGAGCCAACAUAUCACGCCCCUGAACCAGCAUAUCACGCUCCAGUUGUGCCCAGUUAUCAUGCCUAAGAUCAGGGAAAUAUUCCCUUAGUACGAAAAGGACAAAUAACAUUGUCAAUAUUUAAAAGACUUUUGUAUAAUA